AUGAGCUGCCAAGCAUUUGCUUCCUCAGACACCUUUGUGCCCUUGAAUUCUGACUCUUCUCCCUCCCUGCCUCUGAUAAUGCACCACAGCGCUGCAGAGUGCCUGCAGGUCUCCAACCACACCACCAAUGUUGUGUCUACAGUCCUGUCUGUUUUCUCUUUGCUCCCAACUCGUGCGUGUUCAUGCGUUGGCUUUGCCACGACGACGCUGGGACACCUUUGGCCAGGCCUGCACUACUCCGUGCCCUCCUGUCACUAUGGGAAUCAACCUUCCACCUACGGGGUGAUGGCAGGCAUCAAGUCUGCAACUCCAGAGAUGCUCUCAGCAAGUCUCUCCCAGACUCGUAUCUUACAGACCUGCAGCAUGCCUCACCCCAAUGUGGUAAAUGGUGUCAGCACCUUGCAAAGUGGCCUGACGCCCUGCCUGUACAAGUUCCCGGAGCACGCGCUGGGUGCCAGCUCCUGUGCCCUGGGCCACGGCUUCGCGGCCCUGCCCCAGCCCCUGCUCACCGAGGAGCCCGCGGAGUUCAAGCAGGAGUUCCGCAGGAAGAGCAAGCCCGCCGAGGAGCCCGUGGACAUGGACUCCCCCGAGAUCAGGGAGCUGGAGAAAUUCGCCAACGAGUUCAAGCUGCGGAGAAUCAAGCUGGGUUAUACCCAAACCAACGUUGGAGAGGCCCUGGCUGCUGUGCACGGCUCUGAGUUCAGCCAGACGACGAUUUGCCGCUUUGAGAACUUGCAGCUGAGCUUCAAGAACGCCUGCAAACUGAAAUCCAUCCUGUCCAAGUGGCUGGAGGAAGCAGAACAAGUGGGAGCUUUGUACAAUGAAAAAGUUGGGGUGAAUGAACGGAAGAGGAAGCGCAGAACCACCAUAAGCAUUGCUGCCAAGGAAGCCCUGGAGAGGCACUUUGGAGAACAAAGUAAACCAUCUUCUCAGGAAAUCAUGAGGAUGGCUGAGGGGCUCAGUCUUGAGAAGGAAGUCGUGAGAGUUUGGUUUUGCAAUAGAAGACAAAGAGAAAAAAGAGUGAAGACCAGUUUACACCAGAAUGCCUUCAGUUCUAUUAUCAAGGAGCACCACGAAUGCCGGUGAAGCUUUUCCACGUACACAUGUGGAUUUCUGGUUUGCUUUUUGUAAAUAUUGUAAAUGCUGUGUUGUUAAAAAAGAGGAAAAUCAGUAAACCCCUCAUUCCUUCUACAUGCUACCAGCAGCUGUAGCAUGGGAAGGAUUUUGCUGCCAUUAAUUAAGGCACUGUGAGCUCACCAGGACAGAGGUGUCACACUGCUCCUACUGCAUGCUGUGUCUCAGCCCAACAUUUGUAAAGCAGAAGUGGCUUGGAUAAUGCUGGUUAUCAAAGGUAAUUCUUGCUAAUUUGUUAUGUGCCUCUAAGUUUGUUUUGGGUAGGCUUAGCUAUAAACACAGGAGUACAGUUUAUCUGACCUCAGGACUUUGUGGCCUGAGGGGAAGGAAAAGGGUUUUAUUACAUUGGUCUUUCUCUGCAUUGUACUUUCUUCUGAUUAAAACCAUGUGUGGACAUACUUACACCAGAGGUGGUGUGUUAAGCUGAAAAAGUACACAAAAUAACAAUUUAUUGCACUGCACAUUCCCUCUCUAUUACACCCCACUAAUUGAAAAUAAUCCCUUAUUUGUCAUCCUCCUGCCUCGAGAUAAUCGAGGGGAAAAAAAAACCAGUGCCAGAGCUCCACCUAUCAGGGAGGCACUGAGAAAACUGAAUUAAUGACUGUAGUACUCACCAGGGAUAGAUUAUCCAGCCAUCUCAUCAGCCCUGCUCAUUGUUAUGGGAAUUAGCCCAUUACCAUAUAAGUAUUUUGACUGUUUUCCCAGGACUGAAAUUAAGUGAGUACACGCAAGUAGUCCUGGCCAGAUGCAUUUUAUUUUUCCAUAAAACAAACCUGAUGAUUUAGAAAAUGUCUCUAUAAUAGGCCCACAGAAAGCCAGAGGAGUUUAAUGUUCAAGACCACUUAGAAGCAGCGUGUACAAGUUAAGUGCUCACUCUCCAGUGCACAUUAAAUUAUCUCUGAUACUUAUUACAGUGACCGUAAGCAUAUUCACCAAUGGAAAUCAGGCUCCUGGAUUUCUAAAAAUCCACAUUUUUAUGGAUGAAUGCACCACUCUAAGCCCUUAACUGAGAAGAAAACUUCAAUUGAAUAACUCAAAAGGGACAAACUGUGGCUGUGUACUCCCUUCAGGCUGCUUUCAUCACUAGCAUAGCUCAUUGCUAUAGCAGAGACCAAGGUGCAUACUUUUAUCCACCACAGGUUACCAGCAGGUCAUGAACUUCACAAAAAAAGUUCAGCUGAGAGAGAGGAUCAGCACUCAGCAAAGGUGGUGGCAUGCAUUGGUGUGUCUUUCAUGUGAUGUGGUCAAAUGUUGUGUGUUGAAAUCACUAUCUGGUAUAUAUAGAACUUUAUUUAUAUUCUAAAUUAUUUUCUUAAUUAUAAAAGGUUUCCUAGAAAUGCUAUCAGCCUGUACUUCCCAGCCUCCUCAUCCAAUAAAGUAUUCCUAUACUUUUGGCACUCCAGGCAAUGGUUUGUAUCUCUCUUUGGUAACACUUCAUUCUUUUUUAGCUGUGUGUCAUGCUGAGAUGUAUUUUAGAAUGCUCUCACAGAUAGUUUCAGAGCAGCCUCACAGUAACAUGGUGGUCUCUUGCCCCUCAAAAAGUCUCACAAGUGACAGCUAAUUGCAGCAACAGGAUAAAAUAAAACUAAAGGUGACACAUAACAAAAUUGUCUUGCAAAGAAAUGACAAAAAGCCAACUGGGAGAAGCAACCACCAUUUAAACCCACCUACCUGCUGCCACAGAAAUACAAAUAAAUUAGAAUUAUUUAAAGAAGAAAAGCUGGAUGAAAUCAAUUUCAAUGGCUGCAGCUGGUGCUUUACUUACAGAAAGUGGCAAUUCAUUUUUUUUCCUCUAGGAAGAACUUAAUUACCACCAAUUACUCUUGAUUAGGGUGGGGGGAGGACCCAACCUGCAUAUAAGGCAGGAUUUUCAAGGAGCAGCUCUAUGAACUUGAAGUUUAGUUGGCCAUUCAGCCAAGCUGGGCUGUUUUUGAGAUAUUUGUGUGUUUUUUCCUUGCUUUUCUUUUCCCAUGGUAACUUUAGUGUGUUAAAACCACACUAGAGGGCAAAACAAGGUGUUACCACUUUAAAUCUUAGGUUUAGCUGUCCCUGAAGAACUGUGAUGCCCUCGUGUGAGGGACACAGCUGACCAAGCACAGGCCAAGCUGCUGAGCAAAGGUAAGGUGAAUAACUUAAGUUACUCUCUUCUAGAUGUAAUGUGUGAGCAUUGAAUGCUUUUAUUAUAGUGCUUAGACAAGUAGUGAUCAUUUAUGAUCCAAAAUUGUUCUCAAAACUAAUAUUUAGAGUUAGUUUAUCAAUGUGAUCAGUUGCAUCUUAGCAAUAGAGUCUGCUCAGCUAUGGACUGUACUAAAAAGCUGAUGGAGGCAGGCUGUAUAUAAUAUAAGAACUAGGGAGUAAAUAGAGGAAGAUGGAAAGAAGCUUAAAACAAAACAAAAUGGUGUUUUUUAACAUGCUUGGGGAAAAAAUAUCAGUGGAAAAAAACAUGGGUGCCAGAAGUUCCUUUGUAUGUAGGAGUUCUCAGCUGAGCAAGCCACUUAGAGUUGGUGUGUGAAGAACUUGCACAGGGCUCUGGAUGUACCUUAUUUUUGAAACCGAGAUUGGAAGAGUAUUAAGGGAGGAAGCAUCAUUGAUGCUCAUUGUGUUCUCAUUGCUGCCCUGGGAAUUGCUUCUGGGCACUUGAGGAAUAAGGUUCUGGGUAGAGCCAUUUUUAGGUGUGGGCACAACUGUGUCAUUGCUCCCAGAUGGAGACUCAGAUCCAGCUCCUAUUUAGGUGUUAGAAAGGAUAAAGGAUGGUAAGGAUUGAGUGGUUUCACUGGGUUUUUUUAAUCACUUUUAAUGUGAUUUAAAAGGAAUUUCUAUCUAAGCAGGGCGUGUAAUUUUUUUAGCCUGAUCCAACAUACUGACCCUAACUACAGACACAUAACAAGCCUGCAAACAUACAGCACUUCCCACUCUGCUACCCAAAGAUUUUUACACAGGUUAGAGCUGCAGGAUUGAAAAGGUAACUUGUAACAAACCACAGGAUUGAUACUGACACCAGCUCUAGUUCAGCAGUUAUAAUGGCACCAAAAAAGCAAUACCUUUCUUCCUGUUCCUCCAAAACCCAGAGGAAAAAACUCAUUAUGGAAUUAAGCCAAAUUUCGACAGUUAUUAAAAAUCAACUUCACACCUCAUUCAGAAAAGACACAAGCCUUGGUGUUCAACCAAACUACAAAAAAAUCACUAACAUUUUAUCCUUGUGUUUAUAUUAUGAUUUCUUUUUCAAUACCACAAAGCAGUACUUGGGCAUGAGGUUCCAGACAAGGGAAUGCGAACUUGAACAAGUCUUUACUGAAUAUUAAAUCAAAGGCCCACGAGCAACUACAAUAAAUAUGAUAGUGCUUUACCAAAGCAAGUCAAAGGAGUAUUUAUCAGAGCUCACAAAGAAAGCCCAGUUAGGAGACAGAUGUGUAAGAGUAACCCUACAGAGGACAAAGCCAUUGUGGGAUAAAAAGCCUUUUAUUAGAUUUUUACAAAAUAACUGGUAAAAAAAAAAAUCACCCCAUAUUGGAUAUAUGCAAUAUAUUAACUCACACAUUCCUACCCACUACCUGACAGAUUCAGUUUUGCAUUAUUUCUUUGAAAGAGAAAGAACACCUGCAAUUCUAGGCCUAUAACCUGAGGAAGGCUCUCCUGUAAGUUCUCUUUGCUGACUUCAGUCCUAAACAGUAGAUGGUGCAACAGCAGCAGAUUCACUGAGGUUUCCUGCUGCACUUUGCCUUGCAGCAAAGUCUCUUUUUAUGAGGUUUGUUCCCCUCCAGUUUUCCUGUUUUGCUUUUGGGAGGUAUUUUGAUUUUCUCUUUUGAAGCCAAGAUGAUUGCUGUUUCUGUUCAAUGAGCAGCACCACUGAAUCAGCACUGAGGGGUAAAUAUCUCCAGCAGAGUCAGGGCUGAGGAAUAUCACACCAUCCAGGAAGUAACAGCUGGGAACUGCAUUCUCAUUUUGCCUAUUUCCAGUAUCAACAGUUCUUAUUCCUUAGCACAAGGCAUACUCCACUUAAAGCUAGAAUUGUGUUGAUGCAGUUCAGAGAGCAUAGAAAAACCUUCACAGAAACCAGAAUGCUUUUAUUAUAGUGUUUAGACAAGUAGUUAUCAUUUAUGAUCCAAAAUUGUUCUCAAAACUAAUAUUUAGAUUUAGUUUAUCAAUGUGAUCAGUUGCAUCUUAGCAAACAAUACAAUUAUGCAGCUAUCUUCCAUUAAGAAGUACUGUAAAAUAUAUACAAAUGUUGCUUCAGGCAAAUGUCCUUUUUUCAAGUGCACGAACUGCAUUUCUGAAUGAGUGCAUCUCUCCACUUCAGCACCGAGUCCCAUCAGGUGUACAGAGAGGUCUCACCCAAGCAUUGUGUAAAACCAUCUUAAUUAUUAAGUUUACUCACCUUUCCAAGACUCC